ACGCAGUUGGCUCCGAGGUUAACAUACAUUCUUGCGUUUCCAGACUCUCAAACGUGGCGCUACCUCUGUCUUUGAGCAAAGUGGGGAAAAGGUGAGGCGGUGAAUUUCUGAAAGUGGGUGCACUACCGCACCACACAGCUAUGAAACCACAACAAUGAAACCAAAACUAUCGAACCAGAACCAAUCACUCUCUUCAUGCGGCGCUUCGAGCGCCUACUCUGUUCUACAGGAGAAUAGAACCCCACUUCCUUAUUAGUUCCGAAUAGUGCAGUCAAGUUGUCGGCUGCUGCUUGUGUACUGCAGUACAUACUGCAUGUGGCAGAUCACGUCACCCAAUGCUUCGCAUCAAGUUCAGCGUGCGCGCUUCAUUACGAGCUCACCAGGUGUAUUGGAAGCUUCAGCAUAAUGACAAGUGGCAGUGACACUGGUUCAGAGUCUUCAGACCGAAAGAAGAGCAGUCCAAAACCGAAAAGAAAAGAAAAAUACCAGCAAAAGUACAAGCAAGCUUGGGAGCAUGAGAAAGUGUUUCAAAGUUGGCUGCAGCCAAGCAAGAAGGGCAACCGUUAUGCGUGCUGCAAAACAUGCCAUGUGAACCUAGUUGCCGGCAAGAAACUGUUGGAACGGCACAUGAAAUCUGCGAAACAUGAAGAAAAUACAAGAAAGCUUAUGGCCCAGACAAAGCUGAUGCAAGCAAUGCCUAGCAUUGCUAUGAAUGGUUAAUGGCUAUGAAUGCCAUAAGAAUGGCUAUGUUUGUCGCCGAGCACAACCUGCCCUUUGCAGUCAUGGGCCAUCUGCCAAAGCUCGUGAAAAAAAUUUGCCCCGACUCCAAAAUCGCAAAGCAGAUUGCCUGUAGCAGAACAAAAACAUCAGUGAUAACAAAGGUUGUGACAGACGAGGAGAGCAAAUCGCUGCUGUGGAGGCUACUUCUAGAAAAGAAAUUUUCAGUCAUGGUUGACGAGUCAACGGACGUCAGCUGCAACAAGCACUUGUGUGUUGUUACAAGGGUUUUCGAAAAAGAUAAAGUGACUCAUGCCUUCUUUGAUCUCAUCCCUGUGACGGAUGUGAGUGCCAAUGUCCUUUAUAGUGCCCUUACUGGUACUUUUCAGAGAGCGGGGGUUCCUUAUAAAGACAAUCUAGUUGGCUUUGUACCCGCCGUGGUUGCUCAGUGGCUAUGGUGUUGGGCUGCUGAGCACGAGGUCGCGGGAUCGAAUCCCGGCCACGGCGGCCGCAUUUCGAUGGGGGCGAAAUGCGAAAACACCCGUGUGCUUAGAUUUAGGUGCACGUUAAAGAACCCCAGGUGGUCAAAAUGGUUUUGGCACGUAAAACCCCAAAUAUUAUUAUUAGUUGGCUUUGCUGCAGACGGCGCAAGUGUCAUGAUGGGUAGUAAACAAUCUGUGAUGGUACUGCUGAAGAAGGAGAUUCCCGGCUUGUUCAUUCUUAAGUGCACGUGUCAUUCAUUUCACUUGUGCGCAUCGUACGCUUGUUCGAAACUUCCACGUGUUGUUGAAGAUCUCGUGCGGGACAUCUACAGCUACUUCAACUCAAGUCCUAAAAGAGAGGGCACGUUGAAGAAAUUUCAAGCUCUUCUUGAACUAAAGCCGCACAAGCUUCUUCAUCCAAGUCAAACAAGGCGGCUCUCAUUGCUUGCUGCAGUCGACCGCUUUCUAGAGCAGUGCGGCACGUCGACGAGUCGAGACACGACCCCGGACAUUACCUUCGUGCGGGACGCGCUGGUCCAACCUGAACCAAGACCUGGGAAGUGA